AGAGUUUUAUACAAGAGUAGCAGUGUAAUUAAAAAAAUACACAUCAGCGAAAAAAUGUGCUUUCCUUCCUGUGCAAAUAUGCACUUAGUUUGUUUUGUACAGGGAGUGAGUGCAAUUACUCUUGUAUCAUUCUCAAUUAAUUAAACUAACUAAAAAUAAAUGAAAUUAAUUGAAAUUAGCUAAAACUAUUGGUAUUUUAUCAAAAUGACUCAGAGCUCGACCAAAACUUAACAAAAAUUGAAUGUCUUUAGUUAAACUCAAUAAAAAGAAUUAGAAAAAGAAUAAAUUAAUCCAAAUCAAACCAAACUAGUAUAUUUUUGUGUUUAAUUUUUCAGUUUUCGAAUUGACCAAAAGUAAUGAACGAAACCGCAUAAAUUUCUGAGAACAUUAAAAGAUAAAUGGGAGACAAAGAGCUUGAUAUGUCUAUAAUGUUUUUCCCAAAAGAAAACACUUAAAACCUCGUGUUCAGCCAGCAGUUCCGACGAUUGGUCCCAACUCGAGCUUCUGCUGAGAGAGACAAAAACUCAAAAAAGUUAAAAGACUUAAAAAAUGAACCAGACGCGACGAAAGAGACGACCCGAUCCAUCUCCGCCGCCGCUGAUCUCUCCCCGCGUGAGAAACAUCUUCCUCCUCCUCACUUUCCUUUUCGUCAUCUACAUCCUCUUCUCCUACGGCACUUUCCGCCGCGACCGAUUCUCAUCCCUCGCCCGCUCCCUAUCCGUCUUCCCCACCCAACGCCGCCACUUGCUCUUCUCCAUCGCCGCCUCCCACGGCUCCUGGCUCUCCCGCAGCUCCUACGUCCGCCUCUGGUACUCCCCCGAGUCCACGCGCGCCGUCGUCUUCCUCGAUCGCGGCGGAUUCGACCCCGAUCCAGCUCUCCCCCCUGUAACCGUCUCCGAAGACGUCUCCAGGUUCCCUUACAACUUCCCCGGCGGUCUCCGAUCCGCGAUCCGCGUGGCUCGCGUCGUCAAGGAGGCGGUUGAUCGGGGGGAGGAUAACAAAGACGUGCGGUGGUUCGUUUUCGGGGAUGAUGACACUGUCUUCUUUGUGGAUAAUCUGGUGACGGUUUUGUCCAAGUAUGAUCAUAGGAAGUGGUGGUACGUUGGGAGUAACUCGGAGUUUUAUGAUCAGAACGUGAGGUACUCCUUUGAUAUGGCAUUUGGUGGCGGUGGAUUCGCUAUCAGUGCUUCGCUUGGGAAGGUUCUUGCUAAGGUUUUGGAUUCUUGUUUGAUGAGGUACUCUCACAUGUAUGGUAGUGACUCCAGGAUCUUCUCUUGUGUGGCUGAGCUUGGUGUUGCAUUGACUCACGAGCCUGGGUUUCAUCAGAUUGAUGUAAGAGGGAACCUAUUUGGACUGUUAUGUGCACACCCUUUAUCUCCACUGGUAUCACUUCAUCACUUGGACGCAGUUGACCCGUUCUUUCCGAAAACAAACCGGACAGAAUCGGUGGCUCGUCUCAUCAGGGCUGCGAGUUUUGAUUCAGCAAGGAUUUUGCAGCAGAGUGUGUGCUAUGAUUCUUCUAACACAGUGACUGUUUCAGUUGUGUGGGGUUACGCGGUUCAAGUUUACGAAGGCAAUAAACUCCUCCCGGAUCUCCUCACCGUGCAAAAGACCUUUUCUACAUGGAGGAGAGGGUCAGGGGUCCGAAGCAAUUAUAUGUUCAGCACAAGGGAUUAUCCCAGGGACCCAUGUGCGAGACCGCUUGUCUUUUUCUUGGAUGGUUUAGGAUCGGAUGGAACUGGAGGGACAUGGAGUAGCUAUGGCCUCCAUAGUGUCGGAAACUGCCGUAGAGCAGAAGCUGUUGAGGGACUACGGAACAUCCGAGUUCUGUCUCGUAAGCUGGAACUUAAUGGUGAACAGAUGAAUCCGCCUCGCCGCCAGUGUUGUGACAUCUCAUCGCCUUAUAACAAAUCAAUGGUCAUUAAUAUAAGACAAUGCAUGCCUGAUGAGCUAAUUGCCAUGAACACUUAGUGUUUUUUCUUGGCCAUUAGCUUUCAAGAAUCAGCUAACCAAAGCCUGAGCCUAUGAUUCGUCUGCUAUAAGACCAAUGGCAUAAUUCCUGUAGGUGGGUCACUUUUAUCUUCCUGUUCAAAUCUGGUCCAUACAUAAACUCCUACAGUUUCCCGACCAAGUUUGUUUCUUUGUAUCUCCCUUUGCAAAACUCCGAAGGAGAAGAAUAAGUCUUAGAUCCUUCCUCUGUAAAUAUGGUUGUGCAGGCGUUGAUGUCACUCGUACUUAGAUUCAAAGUUUUGAGUUUUUUUCUUUUUAAUAUUAUACCGGAGUUACUUUGCUCUUUGAAUGUUAAGCGCUUGUUUGCUCAUCAAUUUUGGAAGGUCUCAUUUUUUC